AUGGAAGCCGUCAAACUCUUCUUCAGCUCGCCGCGAUUCGCUGUCGCAGGCGCCAGCAAUGACCCGGCCAAGUUCGGCCAUCGGAUCCUGGCCUGGUAUCAUCACCAUUCCCUACCUGUCACACCCCUCAAUCCGCGCGCUUCCUCCAUCCAACUACAAUCGACGAGUCUGCCGGCGGUCGCCUCGGUGGGCGACUUGCCUGCGCCUACGGAAACCUCGCUCUCAGUGGUGACGCCGCCUGCGGUGACCCUCGGCCUUCUCCGCGAAGCCCAUGCGGUGGGCAUCCCAGCUGUGUUCCUGCAACCGGGCACCUACGAUCAAGCGGUGCUGGACUAUGCGGAGAAGCAUUUUGCGGCAGCAGUAGUGGGCGGUGGGGGCCGAGGUUCGGAGGGAUGGUGUGUUCUGGUGGAUGGAGAGGAUGGGUUGAGGGCUGCGGGGAGAGAGUGGAAGAGUCAGCUGUAG